CCAUGGCGGCGGUGCCGGUGCCGGUGCUGGCGCUGCUGCUGCUGCUGGCGGCGUGGGGCGGGCCGGGGGCCGCGGGGCAGAAGCGGAAGGAGAUGGUAUUAUCGGAAAAAGUGAGCCAGUUAAUGGAAUGGGCUAGUAAAAGAUCUGUUAUUCGAAUGAAUGGAGACAAAUUUCGACGCCUUGUGAAGGCACCGCCUAGAAAUUAUUCUGUGAUUGUGAUGUUCACUGCUCUUCAGCCCCACAGACAAUGUGUUGUUUGCAAGCAAGCUGAUGAGGAAUACCAGAUUUUGGCAAACUCCUGGCGAUACUCCAGUGCAUUUACCAAUAAGAUCUUUUUUGCUAUGGUAGAUUUUGAUGAAGGCUCAGAUGUAUUUCAAAUGCUAAACAUGAAUUCUGCUCCAACCUUCAUUAACUUUCCUGCUAAAGGAAAGCCUAAGCGAGGUGACACAUAUGAACUUCAGGUGCGAGGCUUUGCAGCUGAGCAGCUUGCUCGUUGGGUGGCUGACAGAACUGAUGUCAAUAUUCGUGUGAUAAGACCACCAAAUUAUGCUGGACCAUUGAUGUUAGGACUGCUGCUGGCUGUCAUUGGAGGCCUUGUAUAUUUGCGUGGAAGCAAUCUGGAUUUUCUGUAUAACAAAACUGGCUGGGCAUUUGCUGCUUUGUGUUUUGUAUUAGCGAUGACAUCAGGCCAGAUGUGGAACCACAUUAGAGGGCCACCAUAUGCUCAUAAGAAUCCCCAUACAGGACAAGUGAACUAUAUCCACGGAAGCAGCCAAGCCCAAUUUGUGGCAGAAACGCACAUUGUUCUUCUGUUUAAUGGUGGUGUUACUUUAGGAAUGGUACUCCUCCAUGAGGCAGCUACUUCUGACAUGGAUGUGGGGAAACGAAAAACUGUCCAGGAAGAAAGAGUCAUGUGUAUUGCUGGUAUUGGCUUGGUGGUGUUGUUCUUCAGUUGGUUACUCUCUGUCUUCAGAUCUAAAUACCAUGGCUACCCAUACAGCUUCUUAAUGAGUUAAAGGAUUCUAGAAUCUGUAACAUCAGAAGGGUGGUGACUCCGAAAUUGUAUGUAAUGGAAUGGAAGAGCUAAAUAUGUAUGGUUCAUGCUACCUCUCUUUACAUUGAAUGAGAUAGUUAAACACUGAACCAAAGACAAUAUGUAGUGCCUUAAACAUAACAAGCAAUUUGCUGUGAAGGACAUAGUAUUAAGAUGCAAUCUCUGUUCAUAAGCUUUACAUCUUAAACAACUUUACUUCAAAUCUAGUAAAAUUCAAAGCUUACUGUUUAGAACUGUUUCCUUAGACUAACUAUAAACUAUUUUAAUUUCAAUUGGAUAAUCUGUUUUCCAUACUUUUUUUCCUUCAAAUAUUUAUCACUUUAUUUCCUAUUCAUAUGUAGUUGGGGAGAGUUGCUUCUCUGGAUCAUGCUUUCUCAUGGUUGAGGAAACUUUAUCUUGUACCUGGAAACAUCUUCCUUCAAUCUGUGUAUCACCCUUGGAGCAUAUUCCAUAUUGCAGUGGGAAAUGGGCAUAUCUUAGAACUGUAUGCAACAGAUUGCUUCACAGAGUGACCUACUAAUGAGUUUUCUACUUGAUAUUCAAGAGUCAAACAAAAGUCAGGUACACUUCUCCUUGUCCUUUCUCCCCACACACACACACGCACACUAAAUAACGAAUAACUCCGAUCCUCAGUUCAACUGAAAUCCCCAUUUGUUAGAGCAACUUGUUCAGUCAUUCACCCAGAACUUUCUUUGGUUGCUAAAUGCUGAAACUACCAUGUAAGUUGUUAAUAUUGGCUCAAAGGUGUUUUUUUUUUAAUUCUUAGCCCGUUCCACACUCCCCUCCCAAAAAUCUGAAAAACAAAACUACAAAGGUAACUCUGUAGCCUGAAUGACUGAAUGUUAACUGCCUUUUAAGUUAUUGCUCAGUACUAUGAUAAACCAGCAGGUAUCAAUUUCUUAGUCUCUGUUUAAAUUCUCAGUAUGUUUUCUGUUAAUUUCUGUAAGUUUACUUCUCUAAGCUUUUUUCAGCUUUUUCCUUGGGGAGGACAAGGGAAUGGGCAGAGACAUCUAAUUUCAGGAUAAGUGUUAUUACUCUGUGAAAAAUCUGUUAGCCUUAAAAUUGAGUGGAUGCUGCUCUUGUUCUCCCACAAAGAUAAUUCUGCCUUCAGGAUUCUUGAGAAGACCUUGUGCCUUAGUCCAAACUUGUGUAGCUCGGUGUCUGUUGUAGAGGAAAUCUUCACAGCCUAAUUCAGUAAUAUUCCCUCAGGCUGUAGUAGCCUUGGAGGUUACUAUUGAAAGAGGUAAAUAUCAUGAGAUUUGUUUCCUGCUUCUGCCUCUCCCCUGUCUCAAGGGGUUAAAUUUGGACAUUUUUGGAGCUCAAAAAGGACUGUAUCAUUCAAAACAUGAUGUUAUUACGCAAGCUUGUUAAAUUAACAUACAUUUCAAGUGCCUUAACUCCACUAAUUUAGUAGUUUGUUUCAACAUGUUGAGAUGCAUUUUUAUGCCAUACAGAAUGACAAGCCUUAGUGGAAUGGAUAAAUUGUGUACUUGACUGGAUUUUGGACAACUUUCAAUAAAACUUUUUUUAGUCUGU